AUGGCGAACGAAAUAAUGGCUGAACAACAAAAUAAACGAACAAUGGAGGCAUUAGAACGAAGAUUCGUUCAAGCAAAAGCUGAAAUUCAUCAUCAACAGCACAAGAACAAGAAAAUCAUUGUUACUACAACAAAAGCUUCAGAUGAAAACAACGUUGAACUCACUUCUCAUGGUAUCAAUUCUUCGCUUUCGUCUCUCAAAUCAAUAGAAACUUCCUCAGCUCCGUCAUCCAAAAAAGAUGUAGGCCAUAUAUCUUUUUCUGGCCAUACAUCUGCUCAAGGAUACCUUCAGAUAUCCCAUUCAGUAGACGAUAAUCUUCUAAAAAUUACCACCGAGAUUUCUAGUAAAAACAUGACUUCUAACGAUAUUUUGCACGAUCUUCUUCAACAUGGUGAUUCAGCGCAGAAAUAUAUGCAGGGGUCAAAAAAUGUGAAAGUUGAUAAUUGGAUUCCUCUUGAUAAUGUUGUUCAAAAAAGAAGCAUUGCUACUGGAGCUCGUAGUCGGGCUUUGCAGAGACGGUCAAAGAGAUCUAAAAGACAUAUGUCCAUAAAGCAGCAUAAGAAGUUUGGAUCAUUUGAUUUGCCUCAAGAGUCUCAUAAGUGA